AUCACUAGUGUUAAAUAACAAGCCAAAGCCACUUGCUGGGAAUUUACACUGAGUAUACUUCGAGUUAAAAAUUAAGACUGAAAUUAAUGAUUAAAACUGUCCAAAUGUUGAUGGUAACAUGAGAAAAUGAUAACAUUUGGCGCUGCAAGCAGUUCCACGGCUCUGGAGGACACUGGUGAAGUACGAAGUAUAUGCGAGAGUGUGUGCAGUGAUGGAUCUAACGCUACGGUGCAGGCUGGGGGCGCUAAUGUGAGGCCCCGGAUGGAUAUUGCGUGUGUAGUGGAUAUUACACAAAGCACCAACCUAGGGCACAGAAAACGAGCUUUGGAAGAAGUCAGGUUGGCUGCUGAUCUUGUAAAUGCAAACCUACAUCAUAUCCAUUUUGAAAAACUUGAUUUUGGAGAAACAAGUGUCCUGGAUACAUUCUACAAUGCUGAUGUGGCGCUGGUGGACCUCAGUAUGCAGGUGCAGCAGAGCUCCCUGCUCUAUCACCUGGGGGUUCGGGAGAGCUUUGACAUGAAGGAGAAUGUGCUGCUGUAUAAUGAUGUAGAUCCGGACUCCACACUACGGCUUAAGGCAUCGUUGCCUAACUUCCUGUUCGUGUCAUACAAGCUGACCGACGCGGGCACCUGCGUGACGACCAACCCCGCCGCCACCAAGUUCAAAGGAGAGGAGGCUGCCGAUCCCAAACAACAUCUGACGCUGCGGCUUAGGAAUAUACUGCAGGAUGUCGAAGUACAGACCAAAGCUCACCUCCAAGAGAAAUUCCUCUCAGACCUGCGCAAAGCCCGCGAACUAUACAGCGGCGCCGAGCUCGCCAACGUGCUCCACGCCAUGCGGCGGCGGCUCGACGACCCGGCCGUGCUCUCCGGCGACACCGUGCUCAACAUGCUCAUAUCCUACAGGGAGACGCAGGACUAUGACGCCAUAGUGCAGGUCGUGGAUGAUCUGAAGACGGUCAUGAACAGGAAGAACUAUAUUAACAUGCCCGUUAUACGGUUCCUGUAUGCGUUUGCUAUGAAUAGGAGGAAUAAGGAAGGUGACAGAGAAAAUGCUCUAAAAGUAUGUGUGAAAGCUUUGGAGAAGAAAGAGAACCGUUUCCCCGACAUGUUGUGUUUGUGUGGCCGUAUUUAUAAAGACAAGUUUGUAGAAUCUCAACACACGGAUAUGGAGAGCUUGAACAAUGCUAUACAUUGGUACAGACAAGGAUUUGAAGUUCAACCAAAUGAAUAUGCAGGCAUAAAUCUGGCAACUUUACUCGUCAUUGCGGGCAAUGACUUUAAGAACUCUCAGGAGUUACAACAUAUUGGUAUGAUGCUAAACCAUCUAAUAGGCAAGAAAGGCAGCCUGUCAUCGCUCAAAGACUACUGGGACGUGGCAACGUUUUUCGAAAUCUCAGUGCUAGCGCAGGACUACGUGAAGGCUAUACAAGCGGCCGAGUGCAUGUUCAAACUCAAGCCACCUAACUGGUAUCUGAAGAGCACGAUAGGGAACAUCGAACUUAUUGACAGGUUCAGGAAAAAGAGUGAAGAAUCUUCACCAGAACAACAAGUAUUUUCAUUCUGGAUGGAGUAUUUUGUUGAAGCUACUAAUACCGGCAGCUGUGAUAAUAUAAUCAGGUUUCCUGUUCUCAUUUUGGAGACCACAAAAGAGUUCAUGCCUUCUUACUUGAAUGUGAACAUGGGAGCGGAGCAGAAGUCUGUAGAAAUACUCAACCUCUGUCUGAGCUCUAUACGUGGGCAGUGUAGGCAAGUCCACCGGUGGCUCUUCACUUCUGAUAUGAUUAGAAGCUACAGUUUGUACAAACGCGACGAGCGCUGUCUCUUUCUGUACGUGAGCGAGAACUCUGACGACUUCCAAAUAUUCCUACCUUCAGAAGCCUGCAGACAACGGUUGCACGAUCUGUUGGGAGACCUGACGGCUGAUCACGAGAAGGUCACGGAUUUGGACACCACUGUGAUGCAAGAUCAGUUAAAGUUUGAAUACGAACUAGACGACUGCAACAAGCGCGUAGUGCUCGGCAAGGGCACGUACGGAGUAGUGUACGCGGCGCGCGACCUCAACACGCAAGUGCGCAUCGCUAUCAAAGAGAUACCAGAGAAGAACCUCGGCGACGUGCAGCCGCUGCACGAGGAGAUCUUGCUGCACUCGCAGCUGCGCCACCGGAACAUAGUGCAGUACCUAGGUUCGAUAUCAGAAGACAACUAUUUUAAGAUAUUCAUGGAACAAGUCCCAGGAGGCUCAUUGUCCGCACUACUCCGUUCUAAAUGGGGACCUCUAAAGGAAAACGAAGCCACAAUCGCCUACUACACUAAGCAGAUUUUAGAAGGUCUAAAAUACCUCCACGAUCAAAAAAUCGUUCACCGCGACAUAAAAGGCGACAAUGUCCUCGUAAACACGUACAGUGGGGUCGUUAAGAUAUCGGACUUCGGAACGUCCAAGCGCCUGGCGGGACUGUGUCCGUCCACCGAGACCUUCGCGGGCACCCUGCAGUACAUGGCCCCCGAGGUCAUAGACAAGGGGCAGAGAGGGUACGGAGCGCCGGCGGACAUCUGGUCCCUUGGAUGUACGGUUGUAGAGAUGGCUACAGGAAAUCCACCUUUCAUUGAAUUGGGAUCGCCCCAAGCAGCGGUUUUUAAGGUGGGAUAUUACAAAGUACACCCAGAAAUCCCCAGCGAGUUGUCUCCUAGAGCUAAGAGCUUCAUAAAGCGGUGUUUCAUACCGGACCCUGAGAAUCGUGCCACGGCAGCUGAACUAUUAGAAGAUUCAUUUUUAUGCGAGAAGAAGAAAACAUCUAGUCGCCUAGGCAGUAGUAAUGUAGACUAUAGCAGAAGCGUCUCCGUUCCUGCCGACAAAAUCCGGCCACCGCAGAAAAAAAUUUCUGAACCCUGUCUGCCCAGUUCACCAGAGAUCGAGGUGAAAACGAUCCGGUCUAACCCGACCAUCACUAGGACGGCUUCGUCGAUGCUCUCACCGAUACUGAUAUACCCGCCGGACUUGUCCAAUAGCAGUACCAUGCCGAAUACACCGUCCACGGAUGAGAUGGAUACGAGCGAUAGUCUGCUCAACCGGCGGAGUUCCUCAGGGGGCUUGCUCUCACCCGAGGUGGACAUGACGACCGUCCAGCGCUCCUCCAUAGACGUGGAACAUGACGGUUUCUAUCUACUGAAGAAGGACUCGCAGCGCCGUCUCACACUGUCGCGGGUGCUAGAGCAAGACAGCGAACAAAUCUGCUCCAAGUGGAUGCACAGUAUUCAGCAAGACUUUGGCAACACAGUGCUUACAAUGAAUCAUUUGGAAACCCUUCGCUGCGCAUUAAAAGACUACAUAAUGGACCAGAACAGGAGCGUGAUCGAGCAAGCUAUAACGAGUCUCAAAGAAGAUCUGGAUUUUGACUCCAACGCCAUUAACGAACUGAAUGCAGCUACGUACAUGUUCCAAGAGGCAGUGAAUGGGGUCUUGAGGAGUCACAGCAUCAAACCUCAUUGGAUGUUCGCGCUCGAUAACUUAGUGAGAAAUGCUGUGCAGGCUGCUAUUACUGUGUUAACGCCUGAGUUGGGAGCAAACCUCGCCGGGCAGGAGCACCGGCGCGGCGGCGGGCGCUCGCCUAGCGGCGCGGCCGACGUCGCCACGCCCUCCGCCAUCUCCACCGCCACCUCCACCAGGGACCACAGCAUGCUGCAGCUGCGACAGGAGAAUCAAAAAUUGCAUCAAGAACUACUGGAGAGUUACCAACAGUACCAAUCGUUACUCAGAGAAAUGUUGGAAGAGCAAAAACUACAAACACAAAUACUUCGAGACUUCUUCAAUAGUAAAAACAGAAACAGCAGUCGUGAAGAAAAUUUAGACGUAACAGACGAAACCAAAUACCCUACACCGUUACCUUCAAACAGCCCUGACUUAUCUCAACCAAUGUCUGUUAUUUCUGAAAGUGACGUCACGCCGUCGCCGCUUCGCGAUUGGCUGACGGAUCGAGGGGUGCCCGCGAGUGCUGCGCAGGUUUUGAUUGAUCAGGAGUUUACGUUAGAAGACUUGUUGCAACAUAUUCAGAAAGAGGAUUUGGCGAGGUUGAAUCUCAAAGGUGGCGUAGAGCUGCGUCUAUGGCGAGCUAUAGUAGAUCAUCGCCUGCACACAAAUGGCUCGGAGAGACUGCGGCGAACUAGCAGCACUGAGACUGACAUAGACAACAACUCCAUCGUCGUAGUUGAAUGUCAGAGAUGUAAGUCAACGCGGCGCACCAACUCCGACUGCUCGAGCAACCCGACGGUGGUGAUCCGGCAGCAGGCCAACGGCGAUGAGACGGUCGCCGAGUACUACCCCGACACCGGCGUUCUCAACCUUUGACAAUUACGAGGGUGGUGCACUCUGCAGUAGCGAUCUUCCAAGAAGCACCAAGCAGGUAAUCAGUUGCUUUGGUGUUUGCAUGUGCUACUUGCCGAAUGUUUCCAUAAAGUUCAAUCCAGGAAAAUUUUCAUUCCAUUUUGUAGUAAUGGAAACUUUCUUUAAGGGAAAAUAUGAGAAGUUUCCGAAAAUAUUUAAUGUGGAAUUUCGCAAUUUCGGAAACUUUCUGGUGGCACAUCAGUACAUGUACCUAAAUAGUUUGUGCACGUUCAGUGCCAUACCAAAUGCAACUGAACCUGCUUAUCUUCAAAGUAUGUAUAAAUUACAUUUCACGCGUGCAAGCAACUUGAUGGCAAUAUUGUAGCACAGCAUUUUAUACACUAACCUCCAAAUUAUACUACUUGAGAUUCAUCAUGCGGUUGUUGUACACCCAGCUGCAAAACAAAAGUGCAGACCCACUUGGCCGUGCGCGUUUUCGGCUCGGUGUAACAUGACAACCAUAUCUGUGUCGAUUUGAGUGUAGUAUUACUACUGUUUUGACUAUAAUUUAGAGAGUCAGUGAUGCAAUCCGAAUAGCUUGUAAAUUCAAAUACUAUUGUACUGACAAAUAACUAACUAUUGUUAAGCCUACUAAUUAUUUCAUUUGCCAUGGACGCAUCAUUUGCCGUUCUUAUCUUUUGUACAUUGUAGUAAUACCAAAAUGUGUAAAUGUGUUAAUUCAUACGGAAAUUAAAAAAAUAAGUACCGAGUUAGUGCUGCUCCGUACAGUCGAGUUCAUAAUAUGUAUAAAUUUUUUCACCUUAUUGAAUAGAAUAGAAUAGAAAUAAUUUAUUCGUGAGCACAAACACAAAAUAGAAAAUUAUACAAAACUGAGAAACAUAAAAAAGAGAAAGUGCCACGAAAUGGUCUCACCUCAGCAUGUUGCUGGCGACUUUCAGCGCUGAUCUUCCGAUGAGACCAUCCGGUGAAACAAUCACGACAGGUAACAAGAAGAACAACAAAAUUUAUAUAUAACAUACAAAAGAUUACAACUAGCGCCAUGCAAUAUAUUAAGGCGAAGAAAUGUAUACAUAUUUAUGAACUGGACUGUACACGAGGGCGAUGAUUCGUUCUUUCGCUGACAGUCAUUUUGUGCGAGUUGGAUUGUUGCGUCGUUUAAUCUGCUUGUUCAUCAGUUUGAAAGUAAUUAACAUGCUUGAAUCUUAACGAAGCCUUGAGUGUAUCACCCGCAAAUUAACGCCAUGUAAAUAUAUUUUUAUGUAACUAGAUAUCGCCGAGAUAGGUGUAAUAUUAUAAUGGAUCUAUUGUAAAUAAUAUAUAUUUACAUUUUUAUUUAAUUUUAGAAAUAUUUAAAUUUAUUUAAAAAUAAUAAUGUGAAUAAUCAUAAUAAAAUAAAAAUUAUCUUUUGUAUGAGGCCAUCGACCGCAUAAAAAGUUCAAAAUAUUAUAAGUGUAUUAUAAGCAGGCGUCGUAAACUGCGAGCGAAAUCCAUUGAAGUACUAGGGUUGUUACUUAGUCAAGUCAAGUCAAAGUACGUCAUUUGAUUUCGCUCGCAGUUUACGAUGCCAGGAGCGGUAUUCGACAUGCGUUAAGUGACGUUUCGUGUUGAACUUCAGUUGAAUGGAAGAAAUCGUGUGUUGUCAAAUAGGUAAAUUUGACAUUAGCAAUCCACAGUUAGGUGACAACGAAACCAAACCGAACCACGCAGAGUUCAGAGCCAUUUUAAACCGUAUAGUAGUAAGAAAACAAAGUUGAUUUUUGUUGCAUAAUUUUUUCAAUGAAUGAGUUUUGGUGUACAACCAAAUGAUACUUUCCACAGUUGAUGAACAAAUGAUUCAUUCCACUGUUGAACUGAUGUUGAAGCCGAAACUGACAGUUGUGCAUCUCGAAUAGGGCCCCUGAUUAUAAGUUAAGUUUUUGAAUACAUAUAUAUUUUCAAUAUUAUAAUCAGAUCUGAAACAUUUGUAUCAGGUACCAAUUGAGAUGGGGUUUAGCUUAUUUAUUUAUUUACAUAGCGUCUAAAUUGGCUGCUAAGUACAGCAAAGUGACAUUUGUCGCUAUAUAAAAUAGCGAUAGUGGCUAUGUACAGUUUAAUUUUUCUGUAGACAAGAGAAGAACGACAAUUCUAUAAAAUUAUAACGAUAGCCAGUGAUAUCCUGUCUAGAAGAUUGAAGGCAAAACCCUACCGUAGCACAUAUCGCGCCCUGAUUGUGAAGCGAACCGAAUUUUAAAAAUUUGCGUGUAAUAAGUUUUGCGUUACUGUGGGCUUUUGCCUUUGAUUCCUAUUCUUUAAAUUGAUACUACAUGAUCUUUUCGGAAUCAAUCAAACACAAAUCGACGGUGCUCACUAGUGAUUUAUUACUUUAAUGUUAGUAACAGAGUGCGUUGUAAAUUAAAUGCUUGUUAUUGCUACAAAACAAUUAAUUUAACGUAGGUGUCUAGUUGCUAAACGUAUACGUUAAAAAGUUCGAAAUUAUGUUAAUUGUUAAAUAGCGAAAUAACAAUGUUAAUUAUUACACUAAUAACGUUACUUGCUUAGGUGUUCGUUUUCAAAUAAGGAAAUAAAUAUUCAACUUCAAAAUGUCCACGUAUACUAUAUUAACAUCUACAACAAACAACAACUACAAGUCAAAGUUAGGCCCUGGGCACUGCCUGUUUUUGGCUACAAUUUGCAGUUACUUGUGUAAUAUUUGAUUCGCGAGAGGCAAUUUCUAUUCAAUAUACUUGCCUGAAAAGCAAUGAAUGCCGAAGUGAACAACUUUCAACAAGUCGAACUUUACGAGCAUGAGAAGUCAUCUAUUACGACCCUUAUUAACUUAGCAAUAAAGUCCAAAAUCUGCCAUACAAACUGCCAGCCCUGCAGGCGCGCCCCCGACCGACGCGCUCCCGACAGGCGUGCCCCGCGCCCCCGACAGGUCCGAGUACAAUUUUCUUUAGUCUUGAAUAAAUACGGUAAAAUAACCUACAAUAUAAGAUAUUUUUGAAUAUUUUACUCACAAUCGAAGUGAAAAGUAGAGUGUAUAACUCAGGCAUAAAUGUCAAUUUUUAUCCUCGACUAUAUUGGUUCUCGCUGCGCUCGGACCAAUAAAUUGCCUCGGAUAGCAAUGGAUCGCUUCAUGCCCUUGUUGUACAAUCUACUAUAUCUUCAUAGCUAUUUCUCAAUCAUGCUCAGAAAUGGUCGCAUUUUAUCCCAGCGGAGACAACGCGGGGCCCACGCCGCUCCGUCGCGAACGCAGCGGACAAAAAAUCCUUCAUUUUACUCCUAGGAGUAAAGUAACCGAUACAAAUUCCAUUUUUGUUCGCUGAGCGCGGGGCCGCGGCCGGAGCGCGCCCGAGGGGCCCGAGGUUUGCGCGUCGCUGCACGCCGUGCCGGGAGCGCCGUGCGUAACAUUAUAAAACUAACGUGUACACAACGUAUGCGAUAUUCGCGAAAUAUAUUAUAUAUUUAUUGUAUCUCCUCACAUGUUUGAGAAAAGCACUAUGUAUACCUCGGUGGAAAAAGGCAUUUUCUGACUCGGACCUUUUGCCAGGCCUCCGCAAUGUAGGUAGUAUUCCUAAAGAUUGCAGAAUUAUGAUUAUGAGUAAUACGUAAUUUUAUUUAAUGGUGCCAUAUGUUAAUGACGAUUAUAGAUUUUAUAAGCAUUAAUAGACAAUGAUGUAACAACUCGUAGAACGAGAACUAUACAUCAUUCUCACACAGUUUUGUCAAGCCAACUAAAGUGCAUCCAAAAUUCUCUAAAAGUUCUAUUUUACGCACGAAUUGGACGGCCGAUAUGUUUUUUGAGAAGGAUCAUAAAAUUAUACCAGUAUUAUUAAUAUUGUUAUCUAUGGAAGUUCAAAUGCAGUAACGUUUACGAAAAAUGUAUAAGUUUACGUAACCCAUUUACUUGUGUAUACUAACUUAUAAAUAUGUCAAAGUACGAGUAUGUAUUUUUUUCAUUUUCAUUUUUCAUAUAAGUGGCAAAGAAACUGUACAAUAUUUUUUCAGUAAUAUUUCAGGAACUUCUAAGUAGUUCAAAUAUAAUACUGUAUGCACGUUCCUUUCUUUUGUUAAAAACACGCAUACCAUUGCAUAUGGUUGGUGUGUAAUUAAUGGAGGCCUUAGCGCUGCGUACAUUAUGGCGAAUUUAGCACAUUUGUGCCGAUGCAAGAAAAAAAUGUUAAUAAUUUAGGUAUCUUUGAGCUAUAUUGUUAAUACGUUAUAAAUUUUAUGUCGAAAACCUGUGAUUAGCAUAGGAAAAAAGUAAGAAAAUACUCAACUUGGCUUGAAGACUUAAUAUUUGUCCAUUUUAGAAAAAAAUAAUGUUCUAAAUACAUACAUUAUUCAGGUUUUCCCCAGUGUUUUAAAUGAUGACAUCUUUUCACACAUGCCCAUGUGUUUGGCUUCAAGCCACGUUAUUUGUUUAUCCGAUUAUUGUGAACAAUUCAAUCGCUGAGAUAUUUUUGCGUAGCUAAUAAAUACUAAUUGAUUUACUA